AUGUCCGUCUCAGCCUCGAUUCCAGAUACCUCGCUUGGCCUCACCUCCUCCGAGAUCCAGAUCCUUCGACAGCAACAGCAAGUUGCCCUUCAGAACAGCCAUGCCGGUAGUGGCGCUUCCAGAGGUCGCGGUGCGGGGAGGGUCAGCAACUCAAGUUCGCGCGCAACCAGCGCCGCUAGUAGUCAGGGCCGCUUACUGCUGGAUCCCGAUAGUCUGCAUGCUUUGUCGCACCAGUUGGGCUCCUUGGAGCGUCGCAUCAGCGGCCAGAUCGACUAUCUCUCGCAACAAAUUACAGACUCCGUUAAACGCAGCCGUAGCGGCGCAUUGAAAACAAUACACGAGGUUGAGGCGGAGAUGGACCGAACCCGCUCUAUGAUGGCUUCCGCGGACGAGCUGGAGCUAGAGCUGAACAAGAUCGCUCAUAUUCGGGAUAUCGUGAAAUCCUUUCGUGGCCGAAUCGAAGGGAUAGACCGUCGCAUGGAGCAAUCUCGUCGUCGCCGCUGA